AUGAAAGAAAGGAGAAAUACGCAGCCGUUGGUGGUGAGAUGUAAACUGGUUCUUGUUGGCGAUGUUCAAUGCGGAAAAACGGCGAUUUUGCAAGUCCUCGCGAAGGAUUGCUAUCCAGAGACUUAUGUGCCCACGGUGUUUGAGAAUUACACAGCGUGUCUGGAACUGGAGGAGCAGCGUGUAGAGCUCAGUCUGUGGGACACAUCAGGUUCUCCCUACUAUGACAACGUGAGGCCUCUCUGUUAUAGUGACUCUGACGCGGUGCUCCUUUGUUUCGACAUCAGCCGCCCAGACAUUUUCGACUGUGGGCUUAAGAAGUGGAAGACAGAGAUCCUAGAUUUCUGCCCCAGCACACGCAUUCUUCUAAUUGGCUGUAAGACCGACCUGCGCACUGACGUCUGCACCCUGAUGGAGCUGUCCAAUCAGAAACAGGUCCCCAUCACCCAUGAGCAGGGUUCCUCCAUGGCCAAGCAGCUAGGCGCUGAGGCCUACCUGGAGUGUUCAGCGUUCACCUCAGAGAAGAGUAUCCACAGUGUGUUCCGGACGGCCGCUCUUGCUUGCAUCAACAAGCUCCAGCCGCUCCCCAAGACCAGCCCCACCCGGCGCCUCUCGAAGAGACUCCUCCACCUCCCCAGCCGCUCCGAGCUGCUCUCCUCCACCUUCAAGAAGGAGAAGACCAAGAGCUGCUCCGUCAUGUGA